AUGCAUAAUUUACGAAAUGAACUUACUGAUCCGGGAAGGAAAUUAGACUUUAUUUAUAAAAGACUUGUUGAUUUUGGUAAAUUUAUGGGAAGACAAAAUUAUAUUGAAUUUUUGAACCCUUAUGGUAUUGAAAUAGAUAGAAGUUUAAUAAAUCGGGGAAAUUUCCCCUGUCCAACAUCUUUACAUUCUAAAAGGUUUUUUGGAAGAUAUUUUUAUUAA